GGAGAGGGAGAGAGAGAGAAGAAAGAGAAAGAGGAACUAAUACAAAGGAUCGGAGAACUGAUGCGAGGAAGACAAGUGAGAAACAGAAAAAACACCUCGGAAAAAUAAGAUACAACAGAGAAUAUAGAGAAAUAAAGCAAGGAGAGGAGGGAAAAGAGAAAAAGAGAGAAGGAAGGGCCGAUUCGGAGGCACCAAAUCUAGCUUGAGCCCGUCUUGACAAUAACAACAAAGAGUUUCAGUGGCCGGGGCUGCUGUGCCUUGUGCAAUGACUUCCUCCUACAGGCACGUGGCUCUAAUGGGUCCGCCAGGUGUGGGCAAAACAACCUUCAUAAAAAAGGUUGUGGAUCGCCUGCAGGAGGGCGGACUGACCUGCCAGGGCUUCUACACGGAGGAGGUACGACGGGAAGGCUCUCGGACUGGCUUUGACGUGGUCACCUUGGAGGGCCAGCGAGGCAUUCUGUCUAGAGUGAGCCCUGAGGAUAGUGGUCGCCAUGGCCCCCGUGUUGGCAAGUAUGCUGUUGAUGUAGCAAGCUUUGAGUCACUGGCCCUUCCUGCCCUCCACACUGAGCUGUCCAGGCCGGCAGUGUUAGUGCUGGACGAGGUCGGGAAGAUGGAGAUGUUUAGCGAAGACUUUGUGAAGGGGGUGCGGCAGGCCAUCUCCAGCCCUUCCUCCACCAUCCUGGCCACCAUCCCCAUCCCCAAGGGCAAGCCUAUACCGUUGGUGGAGGAGAUCAGGCGGAACCACAGCUUUCUAGUGGUGCAUCUGACGCGAUCUAACAGGGACGAUCCAACACUGCAGGAGAAGAUUAUGAACAUUUUAAGAGCCUCCCUCAAGAUUUGAUGAGCUUGCCACUAUGGACCAGUCAGUAUAUGUGCUUCAUCAGUGGAUCUGGAUGUUCAAACCUUCUGUUAUUUCAUUAUUAUCUUUUUUUUUUUUUUUAUCUUAUAUAGGAAUCAGAUUUGGGACAUUGAAGUUUUGGAGGAUCAGGUAUAUUGCUAGCCAAAUAUUGCAUUCUUCAUACACACAGGCACCAGACUAUCCAUUCAUCUAGUGUGUUAGGAUUAGGAUCAAGAUUUAUGGGGCUGCUUUUAAGGAUCUGAUGUUUUAUUCUGUGUGUGGUUGGGUGUCUAGAAUUCUUUAUGGUUUUAUUCAAGGACAGGGAGUGUAGCAGCAAGACUACAUUGUUUCCCUGAGGCAGCUGUAGACUUGAGAUUAACCAUUUAUGAUCUUGUUUGGGGGUAGUUGUUAUUAUUAUCAUUAGUAUUACUGUGUUAGAGUUUUCCUCCUUCCUCUAAGCCCAGUCUCACCACACACAGGCCAGACAAAGAGGCAGGGAGGAGGAAAAUCUAAUACAAUGAUAAUAGUACUGUAAUGGUGACAGCUAGCCCAAACAUCAUAGUUAUCCAGCCUUGUCUUCAAAGUACUACCAAUGUGUGUGUGUGUGUGUGUGUGUGUGUGUGUUUAGGUAAAGAUUGAAAAAUGUUACGAGUGAAAUUGUUCAUGACAGCUACAAAUUAGGUAAUCUAGGUAUAUAGCAGGCUGGCAAUCACACACACACACACACACACACACACACAAAAACACAAAACACACACAAAACUACAACUAGGUAAAUACACACACACUUACCUGAACUAAUUUUUAAGAGGAGGUUUCAAGACAUUUAUCCCAUACUUUUAGCUGAGUCUCUUGGACUUGUUCGGAGACUAGCAUCUCUCUCUCUCUCUCUCUCUCUCUCUCUCUCUCUCUCUCUCUCUCUCUCUCUCUCUCUCUCUCUCUCUCUCUCUCUCUCUCUCUCUCUCUCUCUCUCUUUCUACAUAUGACAAAACAAAUCAGUGACAUUAUGAAUAUUAGAAAAAAAAGUAAUAUUAGUCUCUUUGAUCUCAUAACAUAGAAAGAGGCAGGAAUGGAGACACAGAUGGCAGGGGAAGGGAAGUGUGUGACAGGGAGACCGGGGCCCUUAGGGGGUGGCUGGCAGGGUGACCACUACAAGCCAGCUCCCCCUUGGCGACCCAUGGCAGGGGGUUUGGGUGGAUGCUGUGGUGCCUGUGUCUGCUGCCAUGUAUCUGCUGCCCUGGCUUCUGGUAGGGUAAAUUUAGCAAUAUGUUUCAAUAGAUAAUCUUUUCCUGCUCACUUGCUUGUACUUGUGUCAUUUUGCGUUUGGCUCACAACAUUGCCAGCCAUCAUUGCCACAGCCAGAGACACACACACAGUUCGUGGAGUGGGUACCCUGUGUGGUGGUGGUGGUGGUGUGGUAUAGCAUCAUGAGUGAAUGUUCGGUCAGUAUGUGGUGGUGGAUAUUCAUGUAAUGCUUGAAUAUUAUGACAAAAGUAAACAUUAAGAUAUGAAU